AUGUCUUCCUACAGACAGAUGCUCAGCUCCCGCUGCCUCGCGCCCUGCGAAGUCACCUGCCCCCAGCCAGUGGCAAACGCCUGGAACCAGCCCUGUGUCACCUCCUGUGGGGAUUCCAGAGCUGUGAUCUACCCACCCCCUGUGGUCAUGACCUUCCCAGGCCCCAUCCUCAGCUCCUGCCCUCAGGAGAGCAUCGUGGGCAGCUCAGCACCAUCCAGCACUGGGAGCUCAUUUGGCUCCGUGAGCUCUCUGGGGCAGUGUGGGCCCUACAGCUCUAGGAGCUUCUACAAUUAUGGGAGGUCAUAUUCUUCCUAUGGAUCUGGUGGUUAUGGGUUUGGGAGCUGCAGACCAUGUUAA